UUUGUGGAAUGACGUGUCAAGAAAGUGCCGGAAGCUUUCAGUCUGUCCAAAAUGGCUUACCAGACAAUACAGCAGGAGUACUUACAGAUUCCUGUUGUUACCAGGGCAUAUACAACCGCCUGUGUCCUCACAACAGCUGCAGUGCAACUAGAGAUCAUCACACCAUUUCAGCUAUACUUCAAUCCGGAUUUGAUUCUAAGGAGUUACCAGGUAUGGCGACUAAUAACCAACUUCUUAUUUUUUGGUCCAGUUGGCUUCAAUUUCCUGUUCAAUAUGAUUUUUCUGUACAGAUACUGUCGUAUGCUAGAGGAGGGCUCUUUCAGGGGACGAACAGCUGACUUUGUCUUCAUGUUCCUCUUUGGUGGGCUUCUGAUGACUAUAUUUGGCACUUUUGUGAGUCUGGUGUUCCUUGGCCAAGCCUUCACUAUCAUGCUGGUGUAUGUGUGGAGUCGGCGAAACCCAAACGUUCGCAUGAAUUUCUUUGGCCUGCUGAAUUUCCAGGCACCCUUCCUACCCUGGGUGCUGAUGGGAUUCUCACUUCUUCUGGGCAACUCCAUCAUCGUGGAUCUUUUAGGUAUCGCAGUUGGUCAUGUGUACUACUUUCUGGAGGAUGUUUUCCCCAACCAGCCAGGUGGUGGAAGGUGGCUGAAGACCCCAUCUAUCAUAAAGAUGCUGUUUGACACUCCAGAGGAAGAUGCCAACUACAACCCCCUGCCUGAGGAGCGCCCGGGAGGGUUUGCCUGGGGAGAGGGACAGCGCCUUGGAGGUUAAAUAUGCCCCCAGGUCACGUGCCUUCCAUGGACAUUCCCUCAGAGAGAUGAAGGGGACAAACAUGGUCUUUGUUUUUGACAUGUUUGUUUAGUUCUGGAUGAAGAAUGCCAAACAAUCCGAACUGGUUUGGAGAUAACCGUCUGUUGUCUUUGUAUAUGGGCUUAAAUCAUCCUCAGAAACUCUUUUUGAUGCCAGAUCGUUGCUCUAAGACUAUUUGAGAGAACUCAACCUUUGGAUGGAACUUUGGACGGUGAGCCUUUGGGCUUAGGUGACGUUUGUCUUCAUCUUAGAAAUAAAUAUAUUGAUAUAAAACGACUGUCAUAUGAAAGAGGAAAAAAAUAACAGCAGUAAAAUAUUAUGAAAAUGGAAUUAUUCAGAUGGCAAGAGCUUUUUUUUUUUUCAUUUCACUUUUUAAAAAAAUAAAUGUGUGUGGCAUAUGAUGUUUUGGUUUCAUCUCUUUGAACUGUAGUAAUAUUGCAUGAAACCAAAGCCAUCUCAACAAAGUAGAUUAAUUGAUUCAUACAAAUAAUAUAAUAGUUAGUUUAAAGGAUCUUUUAACUUCUCUACAGAGCAAGUUAUUGCAACAUCCAAAUAACAAGUUUUGUAUUCUGUCUUCAACUUCAGUCCAGCUUUCCCUCCACACUGUACUCCUUUUUUUUAUUCAUUUGAUACAAACAGCCUUAAAUCUGAUGUGUAGUAAGUAAACAGUCUAUGGGUAAUACACAAUCACAAUACACACUCUGCUUUCAA